GGUAUUCCCAAUAUUGAGUUAUGUAAGAUAGGUAUUCCUGAUAUCGAGUUAUCUAAGAUAGGUAUUUCUGCUAUUGAGUUAUGUAAGAUAGGUAUCCCUGAUAUUGAAAUAUCUAAGAUAGAUAUUUCUGAUGUUGAGGUAUCUAAGAUAGCUAUUCCUGAUAUUGAGUUAUCUAAGAUAGAGAUUUCUGAUACUGAGGUAUCUAAGAUAGAUAUUUCUGAUGUUGAGGUAUCUAAGAUGGGUAUUCAUGGUGUUGAGUUAUCUAAGAUGGGUAUUUCUAAUGUUGAGGUAUUUACGAAAGGUAUAUCUGAUAUUGAGUAUGUAAGAUAG